UGCCGGCUUGCACGAAAACCACGGUCGACACUAUUCCUAACUAGAGACGUUUCGAUUGGUCAGGUUCUUAAGUACUCAGUUUAAGCCCCGCCCUCCAAGUAUUUCAUAUUUCAGAACAAUACGAGAUUAUUUGUAACGAUCCGUAGCCUGACAAUGGCGAGUGACCAUGUUGACCACGACAUUGAUGACGAUAUUGUUUAUCGCGUGAACAGUUUGUUGGACGUCCUGGGACACCGAUCCGCACCCGUAAAGGACGUGGAUGACAUCGGCGUGGAACACUUCGUGCUUAUGUAUCGUCACGUGACCGGCGAAGUCAUUCCAGGUUCGACUUAUAUCAAUUCUAGACGAGAUGGUGUUAAGGUUGUCCAGUUCAUUAUCGACUCGUUAGCAGACGACAUUUUCGGGAUCCCGAUGGACCACGUGACUGGCGUUGGAAUUGUAAAUGGGAACCGGAGGAUGAUUGCGGAUCUACUAGAGAUCUUCAAUAGCAUCAUGCUGCAGACAAAUGUCGAAGAAGAAGCAAGAAAUCACGAGGAGUCAAAUUCAUUGGAUGACUUAUCUACCCCUUUGAGGGAUGUUUUACUCUGCCUCCAGAAUGAGGUAGAAUACCUGGCUGAGUCUGCUAUAAUACAAAAGACACAACGUGCAGCAUUCCACAAAGCCAAGGACGUAUUUACCCAGACAACGCCUAUUUCCAAGACAACAGCUAUAAACAGUCCAAUAGUAUGGAAAGACGUUCUUCAAACAAUACAAAGAGGCGAUCUCGGAGUCAAACAACAACCUCGAAAGAGAGCAAUGCAAAUGUCGAAAAAUACAAGCAAUUAUCUGACACAAAGUUAUUUUCCAAGUAAAAAAGUUUUGACCCCGAAAUAUGACAACCCAAUGUCCAAGUCAACAGGCUGUCUUACCAGACGGACACUGUCAGGGAACAUUAGACCCAGGACACGGAAAUCUGUUAUGUCUAAAACCACGUCUACCACCAGCCCGGAAGUACAUAAUGAGCUGCGCGGGCAACCGGAACUAAUUAGAGGAAGUGUUUCUCUAUUGAAGGAAUUAAGCAGAGAAGACAGGCAAUGUCCACAAUUUCCGACACAGAGACGCGCCAAUAUCGAGUCGUCAUCAAACUACCUUAGAUCAUUGCCUAGCAACAAGCGUUCACAACCUGCUCAGCAACGAACGAAGAUUUUGUCUACAGACAAUAAUAACAACAUACAACUAACUGAUGUUCAACGUUCGUGUGAAGCCGUGCGACCUUCGGUAUCUGACAGUCGAAGAUCGAAGCCGCAAUACCAACGGCCAAUGAAAAAAAUGGUAAAACCGAAGCCCGUUAUAAGUUCGAAAGUGCGGCGCAAAAGUUCAACCGGAAGUACAUCAUCAAUAUAUCCAUCCAGCGAUACGUUCAUGACUUCUAAAGAUCUGGUGUGUUACAACGAAAAGAUGAUCGAGUUGACAGACCAAGUUAAGUCUAUUCGAGAGCGACGCCAGGAAAUCAAUAAACAAUUAUUGCAGUUACAGGAGGAAAAGAAAAGCCUGUGUCUGCUGGAGAACCUCAUUCUUAAAGAAAUCAGGCUGACCAAAUCAAUCGAGGACAGAAGACGCCGGCCGCGGGGUAUAUAUGUACUGUGAAAAUAAAAACAUCCAGACAUUUCCAACAGGAAGAGAUUGAUUGGAUGUCCGAACUGGACACCUAAAUUCACAAUAUUCAACGGGAAUGAAUAAGGAGACCAGAAGUUGAAAUAUUUAAAUCCAUGUUUCGGGCCGUUGCCAUGACGUCGUAGCAAACGUGAUAUGUAUCAUAAAAUUAAAACAAGUUAUGCUGACAUCUUGUAAUUUUCAUCAUUGCUUUAUCACGAGACUGGGACAUUGCUAAGGCUUCUUCCGGUUCCGGUCAGUGAUACUGAUCGUUUUCUGAUGUCUGCCCAAGCAACUUAUAUUUAUGAUCGUUUUCUGAUGUCUGGCCCCUGUGACUUGUAUAUUUAUGAUCAUUUUCGGAUGCCUGGCCCCUGUGACAUAUAUCAAUUAUCGUUUUCGGGUGUCUGAACCCUAGUUUUCUUUUCUGAAAAUCUUCAGGGUCUGUCAAAUUUCAUAUAUCAAUAUGUUCUUAAAAUAAUUAAAAGAAUUGGAGAAUCGAAA